AUGGUCCAACUACUGGCAGAGCUCACUCACUCGCAGAGUGGAACUCCCGUACAAGAGAAGGAAGAGCCCUCCAUGUCGAGGGAGGAGCAUGCCCAGAGGAUGCGGGAGCUGAACAUGAAGCGGAGCAUGAUGAGGGCGCCGAGGCGGGGAUGGAGCAUGACGGACUACCAGGGCGACAACGCCCCGACUCAUUCGUUUCAUGCCGCCGCAGCACACGUCGAUCGCCAGGUGUCGAUACCAGAGAACGCGGUUCUCCCUUCUCCUGCAACGCCUCCGCCAAGGUCGACAGUGGACCAGACCAUGCAGAUUCCACGUCGACCCAAGAUGCCCCCGCCACGUCGUUCGUACUCGGUAACAGAUAAGGAGCCUGAGCCUGUUGCGCCGGGCCAGCCGCGACCGUCGGAGCACAUGACCAUCCUGGACCUCCCUUCCGAGCUUCACUAUUCCUUGUUUGACUUUCUCGACCCGAUCGACGGCGUCUGCUUGGGGCUCGCGCACUCGAGGCUGUAUGCCAUCCACAAGCGAAAGUACGGCAAGGUACCACUGUGCAGCAGGUACUCCGGACCCAAUGACCGAGAGUGGGCGUGGCGAGGCGCAGGCCCGCUCAUCCGCCCGAUGGAGCAGAAGCGAGACAACAAUGCCCCCGGCGGCCUGGACCAGCUUCGCGUCAAGGGCCAGGUGUACUGCCGAAAGUGCGGCGUCGCUCGAUGCGAGCUGCACCGCCACCUGAAGGACUGGAUGGGCGAUGGGUACGAGUACUGCGGCAUCAAGCAGAUAUUUGGCAGGCCGGCGGACGAAGACGCGAGGCCGUACUGCUUUAUGAGCUCACCGAAGAACCCCCAUCGAUGCGGGCGUCAUGGGACGAGGAUCUUGUGA